ACUCAACGAAAUCUAUGAAAUCAAAACUAACAAGAAACCAAUGAUACCAACAAGUCUAGUUCAGCUACAGGAAGCACUUGAAAAUAUCACAGACGAAAUUUACAUUAACAUACCACAAAUCUCAGACUACAUACUAGAACUCCCUCCUCUUCCAGAACCAACUUGGGACAUCUUUGUAUAA